AUGCCUUAUCCCAGUGCCCUUGCCUUGAUUGAGGCGCGGCAGCGGCGCGAGACGGAGCAGCGGUUGUUUAACAAGGCCCAUGCGGAGGACUGCCGGUUGCGGCUCACGGCUAACUGGGAGGUGCGCGGGGACGCCGUGAUUCAGCGAAAGGACCUGAUGCGUCACUUGGAUAAGGUGCAGGCGCAGCACGAUGACGCGCUGGUGGCCCGUCGCAAACGACUUGCAGACAUGCUUCUGCGGGAGCGUGCCGAGCAUGAGGCGAUGCUGAACAACCUGGCGGAGACAGAGGAGCAACGGCGCGAGCGGCUGAUUCAAAAGGCCCGCGAACUGCGCGAGCAACACAAAGAGGACCUUCGCGUUGACGCACAGAAGCAGCACGAACGUUUGUUCCGUGAGAAGAUUGACUCUUUGCGGCUGGCGGAAAGUAGACUGAAGGUGAUGCAAGUUUCUGAUGCCCGCUUUGAGCAGCUUGUGCUGGCAGAGCGGCGCCGCGAGGAGCAGAAGCGCGAGGAUGACUUCUUCGCCCAGCAGCGGCUGGAGGAGGAACGACUGACGAAUGAGCGGGCGCGGCGCGACCUCGACAUGCUGCACGUUGCCAGGGAAAAGACCAAGAAGGCCCUGGCGGCGCAGGUGGAAGGCAACAAGGCUCGCAAGGCGCAGGCGCAGGCGGAGAAGCAGCAGGAGGACGACGAGUUCAACCGCGUCGUGGCGGAGGAGCUGGCGGCGGAGACGCAGCGUCGCGUGGAGGCCCGCAGGGCCCGUGCGGUCCUCGCAAAGGAGAUGAGCGCCUUCAACGAGGAGCUGCGGCAGGUGCGGCGGCAGGAGUACGAGCAGCUGCAGCAGGAGGACAAGGAGGUGCUGGACCGCCUGCUGGCGGAACUGGCCGAGGAGGAGCGGCAGAAGCGGGCGCUGGAGCUGGAGCGCCGCAAUACCGCCAGGGCAAACCUGGAGGAGAUCCGGCGGCAGCUCAACAAGCGCAAGCAGGACGAAGGGGAGCUGGACAAGUUGUGGGAUGAGGCGAACAACAAGGAGUGGGCGAAGCGGGAGGCGCGGUGGGCCGCGGAUGAGGCGAAGCGCAAGCGACUGAUGCACAACGUUCUCGUCAUCCGCCGGCAACAGGUGCUUGACAAGCGGCAGCAGGAGAAGGACGACGCCGCCCGGGCGGCGAAGGAGCGCGAGGAGUUUCUUCGCGAGCUUGCCAACUCUGUCGACCUUGACGCGCAGGAACGCGCCCGCCGCUACAAGGUGCUGCGGGAGGAUCAGAAGUACCUCAUAGCGCAAAUGCAGCGACGCGCGGCGGAGAAGGAGGCGGAGCGGCGGGCCGUUGCGAAUCAACUGACGGACCAGCAGGAGCUGGAAGCCAAGUACGCAGAACGCAUCAAGAGGGAGAUGGAGAACCUAGAGCGUGCACGGCCCGAUCGCUACAAGAAUGUCCCUCUGCUGCCAAAGAAGCGUCAUCAAGUUUUUUAG